GGCGAGCGGCCCCUCUGCCUCGGGCCGCCCGCGGCUCGGAGCCGCCCCUUCCACGCCCGCAGCGCCCGCGGAUGGACCCGCCGGGCCCGGCUUGAGCGCGUCGGCGGGACCCGGAGCCGCUCCGCCGAGCCCGGGCGGGCGGGCGCAGCAUGGUGGACUAUAUCGUGGAAUAUGACUAUGAUGCAGUGCAUGAUGACGAGUUAACAAUCCGAGCUGGGGAAAUCAUCAGGAAUGUGAAAAAACUGGAAGAAGAAGGAUGGUUAGAAGGGGAGUUAAAUGGCAAAAGGGGCAUGUUCCCUGACAAUUUUGUGAAGGAAGUUAAGAAGGAUGUAGAGCCCAAGGAUGAUGCUGUACCACUCAGGAGGGAGAAAUCUGGCAACGUAGCCAGUCUUGUGCAGCGGAUGAGCAGCUAUGGGCUUCCAGCAGGAGGAUUUCAGCCUCAUCCCCCAUCCAAAGGAUUCAAGAAGAGGUCCAAGAAGCGUCAGUGCAAAGUGCUCUUCGAGUACAUCCCACAGAACGAAGAUGAGCUGGAACUCAAGGUGGGGGAUGUGAUCGACAUCAACGACGAGGUAGAAGAAGGCUGGUGGAGUGGAACACUGAAUGGCAGGGCAGGGUUGUUCCCUUCAAACUUUGUGAAAGAAUUGGAGUCAACGGAUGAUGGAGAAACACAGGACGCUGUGGAUGACACAGAGCCUGUUUUCAAUAGUCCUACCUCACCUGUGACCACUCCAGGAAACGGGGGCGAACCCUCAUCUGGACCAGCACAGCCAAAGAAAAUCCGAGGUGUUGGGUUUGGGGAUAUCUUUAAAGAAGGCUCAGUGAAACUUAAGACGAGAUUAUCCAGUAAUGAAUCAGAAGAUAAAAAGCAAGAUAAGCCAUUAUCUACCCAUUCUCCUGGAUCAAAGCUAAUUCAUUUUCCUAGUAUAACAAAAACUGAAAACUCACCAGAAGUAAUAAAAUCAGAAGGUGAAAGUAAACCAAAAGCCAAGGAAUAUUACAGGGCAGUAUUUUCCUAUGAAGGCUCAAAUGAUGAACUGAGCUUUAAAGAAGGUGAUAUCAUUCAAAUAAUCAGUAAGGACACUGGAGAGCCAGGCUGGUGGAAAGGAGAGCUCAAUGGUAAAGAAGGACUCUUCCCAGAUAACUUUGCUGUUCAAAUACAAGAGUCUGAUAAAGACUUCCCUAAGCCAAAGAAACCUCCACCUCCAGUUAAAGGUCCAGCUCUGAGGCCUGAAUUGCCAACUGGAGAGAAGAAAUUCCCGUCUUUGAAGUCUGAAGAAAAAGAUGAAAAAGGAGCUUUGGAUCAGAAGCCUUUGAAACCACAAGCUCCUCAAGUACCACCCAAGAAACCUAUUCCUCCAAGCAAGACUAACAGCUUACUGAGAGCAGGACUCCUGCACCCAAAGCGUCCGGAAAAACCUGGUUUGCCGUCACCUGCACCCAAAACUAAUGGAGAAGUUGUUUCUCUUCGACCGAAAUCUGAAGUUGAGCCAGUAGCAAAACCAAAGUUAGACUCUGAACCAUUACCACAUAGACCAAAAUCAGUAGAGGUAGAUUCACUUGUGGUAAAGAGCUCUAAAGAAUCAGAUCCGUUAAGCUUUGAUGAUGUAAUAGCUACCUCAGAUAAUCUGUCACACCCGACUGCAACCCGGCCCAAGAUGCCUGGUAGGAGGCUGCCCUCACGUUUCAAUAGCAGUCCUGGAAGUCAGAAUGUGGUUCCAGAAAAAAAUUUGAAGGUGCAGAAAGAAGAAGAAAGUGCCAAACCAAAGCCAGUUGAAACAAAAAAGCCAUCUGCAUUCAGCCCAAUUACAUCUUCAUCUCAGAGACCAAGUUCUGUCAUAUUCGACUUUUUACCUGGAGACAUCCAACUUAAAGGAGAAACUGAUGAUGAAAAAAUUACUGUGGAAGAGCUCAGGACUCAGAUUAAUGAUUUGAUGGGUUUAAUAGAAGCACUGAAGAAAGAACAUGGGAGAGAACUGGAAAAACUAAAGAAGGACUUGGAAGAAGAGAAGCUGUUGCGAAGUAAUCUGGAGCUUGAAAUAGAAAAAUUGAAGAAAGCAGUGAUGUCUACAUGAGAGCUAUGGACUCAAUGUUUUUAACUCACCAGGAAUUCAAAGCUGAACACAAGGAGAACUGACUCUUAUUUCAUAAUAAUGGAUGCUGUUGUUCUACUUUCUUAAAGAAAAAAUAUAGUAAAAAAAAGGAAUAUAGUCUUAUAUUCAGAGAGAUAAGAAAACAAAAAAGAAUAAUGGUGUAAUUUUUUUGCCAAUAUAAAAGAGGCCUUAUUUCUUACUGUGCUGGAAUUGCAGACCUUAUUUUUUUGGUUUGCUAGAAAAUACUACUGAAUCUGUAUAGAAAGGAGAGGGAAUUCUUAAUAGAUUUUUAUGGAAUACCUGUAGCCUAAUUUUUAAAGAGAUCUAUACUAUAAAUAGGGUGAUCUAUCUUUACAACUAAUCUGUAAAAUAGUCUAUUGGGAGGGGUGGAAUAACUGUAUUGUAAUUGUAGUCACUACUUUUCCCCUACACGCAAAAGGGAAUAUAUGAUAUUUGUAUAAUUUUGGCAGUCUCACCCAGGGUUAUGCUGUUGUGCCUGUCUGCAGUGAGAAUAUUAAUACUGUGCUGUUUAUAAGUUGAGUAAUGAGAUAGGAAUUUGUUAGUGCAAUGAAGCAGGUGAAACUCCUAUGCAUUGUAGUGAGACUGGAUGAUCUAAUCCGAGUAGUUCAGCAGAACGGUUUGUCACUUGCACUAUUGGAUUAAAAAGGGAUUUAGGACUGAAUCAUGAAAUGAUGAAAAAAAAAAUCAGUUUGUAAAACCACAAAAUGCAGGAAAUACAGAACCAAGGCUCGAGCCCAGUCUUAACCUGUUGUGCCUAAAAUACUCCAGUAUACAGCAUGGAAAAGCAAACCUUAAGUCACGAUGUCUGUGUACCUGUGUAUCUAAACUGAAGUCAUCAGUCUUUGUAAUGGUUCUAUAUGCAUCUCGAUCUGUUUUUACAAUAGUCAGGUUUUGUUUAUAACAUGUCUCCAAAUAAAUCCCUUUGGAACUUUGAUACUCUCAAAA